AUGAAGGUCUCUGCUAUUCUCUCGUCCACUGUGUUGGCCAGCGCUGCCCUGGCCUCCCCUCUUACGUCGCAACGUCGCGCUCGCAACGCUGCUCGCCUCCAGGCCCGUUCUGCGCAACGUCACAGCAACUUCCCCUUCAAGGAGGACACCCAUGAAAUCCUCCACCUUAAUGAGACCACCCACGAGCAAUACAGCUCCAACUGGGCUGGUGCGGUUCUGAUCGGCUCUGGAUACAGCGCUGUGACCGGAACCUUCACCGUCCCAACUCCCUCCCUUCCUUCUGGCAGCUCUAGCGGCGAGCAGUACUGUGCCUCCGCCUGGGUCGGAAUCGACGGCGACACCUGCGAGUCUGCUAUUCUGCAGACUGGCCUGGACUUCUGCGUCGAUUCAAACGGCCCAUCUUUCAGUGCCUGGUACGAAUGGUACCCUGACUAUGCCUAUGACUUCAGUGGUAUUAGCUUCUCGGCCGGUAACGAGGUGAAGGUUACUGUGGACGCGUCCAGCAAGACCGGCGGAACUGCCACCGUGGAGAACCUGUCUACUGGCAAGAAGGUCACGCACAACUUCUCCGGCCAGAGCGGUAACGCCCUUUGCGAGACGAACGCCGAGUGGAUUCUUGAGGACUUCUCUUCUGGUUCUUCCCUCGUUCCUUUUGCGAACUUCGGCACUGUUACUUUCACCGAUAUCAGUGUCACUAGCGGUGGUUCUUCUUCUGGUGCUUCUGGCGCUACCCUCAUCGAUAUCAGACAAAAUGGCAAGGUCCUGACCUCUUCUUCUGCUUCCGAGAGUAAGGUUACUGUCAAGUAUGUUGGUUAA